AUGGCUGGUGAAAUGGUCUCAAAAAGAAGCACGAGAUUAUUUCUUGAAGACGCUGGCGGUCAUCCCGAAGAAGACCCCGCCUACCGACCCGCUCGACGUAACUCCAAGCAAGACGAUCUUAUUCCGCUGGAGUUGGCGGAAAAGUACCAAGUAAAGGGUCCCUCACGACAAGGAUCGCGCGAAUCCGUCGCUCCCCUCGAAGUUACGAUGGAUGUCUACGUACAGAAGCAAGUCAUCUUGUCGGUGAAGGAUGAGUUAUUGAAGGCUACUAGUCUCGGAGAGAAGGGUGCUAUGCGAUCGGAUGAUGGCGGCCUGCUCAAAGUUGCCGACCAGCUACAAAAGCCCCUGGCCUCUCCGAUAUCUCCGGGCAUCGAGCGAGUCCUCCCCAUCGACGGGCGGCCUAUCAAUUUCGGGGUCGUAGUGCCAGGAGUUUACCGGAGUAGCUACCCUAAACCCGAGGAUUUUGGCUUCAUCCACAACCUCGGGCUGAAAACGAUUGUCACCCUCGUUCAGAAGGAUGAGGUAGACGAGCCUUACACCGAUUUCAUGUCUAACAACGGCAUCCGGCAUCAUGUGUUCAACAUGAAGGGCACAAAGAAGGAGGCUAUCCCCAUGCGGACAAUGAAAGCGAUCCUCAGACUAGUACUCAACCGUGAGAACCACCCUGUUCUCAUUCACUGCAACCAUGGCAAGCACCGUACUGGCUGUGUUGUAGGUGUGGUUCGCAAGGUGACGGGUUGGGAACUCGACAACAUUGUUGAUGAGUACCGAGCAUACGCUGAGCCCAAAAUUAGGGACUGCGAUAUUAAGUAUCUCACCGACUUUGACCUCUCAGAUCUCUCGAAUUUGUUCGUACACGAAGCCAAUAUGCGGUUUCGCAUUCGUCACUUCAUCAGAGUCACUCUUUUCAGCGUCUUUGUCGUCUUUGUCUGGUUGCUGUCUGGACACAGGAUGUCCAACACCGCUAGACGUGUCAAGGACGUGAGGUGA